CUGUGCUGUCCAAUGAAAUCUCGCCGACAAUUUUAAGCGGCCAAUCGCGUGCGUUAAGGUGCGUGAGUGGGCGGUUUGAAUGGGCCAAUCAAGCGCUUAGACCCCGCCUUCCUAAUUCGAGCUGAACUCGCGCAUCAGUAAGUGCACGAGACCGCUACGGCUCGCGACACAGCAGAUAUGUAACUGUUAUACAGCGGCGGUGUCAACGUGAAGUGAUGCUCGACGGCUUUUACAACUUUUCACAACUUUUAAACACACACUUGAAAUAAAUACUAGAGUUUUUAAUGCUGUUUGGAGUAAAUAUGAGAGCUGUGUGCUGGCCUGUUGCAGUUUUAUUUGUUUUAGCGGCGCUGUGUGUGGACUUUGAGCACGCAUUGAGUCUCAGCCGGAGAGAAAACACGGCGCUUUUAAACCAAUGGAAAACCGGUUUUAACGAUUUAGUUGAGGGGAAAGUGAAAAGGAGCGAGGAGUCGGUGGGAGAGUCGUGUCGUUCCCUGCAGGACUAUGAAGCCAGGCUGCAGGAGGACACACACACUCGAGUCUUUAAUGACGUGUCCGGCUCGGUGUCUCUGGCCUGGGUGGGAGAUGGAACGGGGGUGUUGCUGGUCCUCACUACGUAUCAGGUUCCGUUGUUCAUGUUCCGCUUUAGCGAUCCCAAACUCUACAGGAGUGAAGACCAUGGGAAGUCCUUCCAGGACGUCACGUAUCUCCUGAACAACACCUUCGUCAUGACACACUUCGGCAUUGCCAUCGGCCCGGACAACUCCGGAAAGGUGAUCCUCACAGGUUAUGUGUCUGAGGGACAAGGCUCGAGAAUUUUACGCUCGCUGGAUUUCGGAAAGAGUUUCACCCCAUCCAACCUGCCCUUCCAAGUGCUGACGCAGAUCACCUACAACCCGGAGAACAACAGCGUAAUCGCUGUUAUUAGCACAGUGUAUGACCUGUGGCUCUCUAAGGACUUUGGGCUCCACUGGAAGAGGAUUCACUAUACAGUGUGUCUGGUGAAAUGGGGGACUGCUGACACUCUGUUUUUCACCACAAACCCAAACGGCUCCUGUAGUGAAAGGGGUGCGCUGGAGUUGAGGAAAACCUCAGAUUUCGGCCGGAGCUUUAAGACUAUCGGGAGCAGGAUUUACUCGUUUGGUCUGGGCGGCCGCUUUCUCUUCGCUUCAAUCAUGGCUGCCACGAGUUCGAUGCGCAUGAUUCACGUGUCUGUGGAUCAGGGUGACGUUUGGGACAUGGCCCAGUUGCCGGACGUGGGACACGAACAGUUUUACUCCAUACUGUCUGCCAACGACGACAUGGUUUUCAUGCAUGUGGAUGAACUUGGUGACUCAGGGAUGGGCACGAUCUACGUGUCUGAUUACCGAGGCAUCGUCUUCUCCAAGUCCCUCGAGCGCCAUCUUUACACGUCCACAGGCGGCGAGACUGACUUCACUGUCGUCAGCUCGCUCAGGGGCGUCUACAUGACCAGCGUGCUGGCUCACGAUGGUUCUGUUCAGUCCGUGGUAACGUUCAAUCAGGGAGGAAAUUGGAUGCCUCUGAAGAAACCUUGGAACGCAGAGUGCGACUCCACUGCAAAGGAUCCGGACAUGUGCAGUCUCCAUAUUCACGCCUCCUACAGCACAUCGAUGAGGCUCACCGUGCCAAUGCUGCCGCUGACCGAACCUAGCGCUGUUGGUCUCAUCCUUGCUCAUGGCAGCGUGGGGGACGCCGUGUCCAUCAUGUCUCCUGACGUUUACGUGUCUGGUGACGGCGGGUACACGUGGGCGCGAGUGCUCAAAGGACCGCACCAUUAUGCCAUCCUGGACUCGGGAGGACUGCUGGUGGCCGUGGAACACAAUCCCGUCCAGCCCAUCUCGCAGAUCAAGUUCUCCACGGACGAGGGCCAGUGUUGGCAUGUAUAUAACUUCACAGACACGCCACUGUACUUCACGGGUUUGGCCUCGGAGCCUGGAGCUCAGUCCAUGACCCUCAGCCUGUGGGGUUUCAGACAACCGGUGUUCAGCCAACACUUAGUGUCCAUGACUAUAGACUUCCACCAGCUGCUCUCCAGAAACUGCGGGGAGGAGGAUUACGUGCAGUGGCUCGCCCAUUCCGAUAACACUGGCAACCCGAACGAUGGUUGUGUGCUGGGAUAUAAAGAAACGUACUUACGGCUACGCAAAGACUCGGCAUGCCGAAACGGGAGGGAUUUCGUCGUCACCAAGCAGCCCACGCCGUGUCCCUGCACUCUAGACGACUUCCAGUGUGAUUUUGGCUACUACCGUCCCGUGAACAGCUCCGAGUGUGUGGAACAGCCGGAGCUGAAGGGCCACUCGCUCGAGUUCUGUCUGCAUGGCCGUAAAGAGCAGCUUCAGACUAGCGGUUACAGGAAGAUCCCAGGAGACCGGUGUGAGGGAGGCACGCAGCCGGAGAGGAAACUGAUCGACCUGAGCAAGAAGUGCGUCAGUAACCUGCUUAGUCCAGAGCUUCUGUCAGAGUCUCAGUCAGGAAGCUUGGCUCCUGUAGUGUCCGUCAUCAUCCUGGUUCUGCUCGUCUGUGCCGUGGCUGGGGUCCUACUCGUCAAGAAGUACGUGUGUGGAGGAAGGUUCCUGGUGCACCGUUAUUCAGAGAUGCAGAGGCAUGUGGAGGCUAAUGCCAUUGAAGGUGUGGACGACGUGGAUGCUCCAGAGGAAGACAAGACUCAUUACAAUGAGGACUCAGACGAGGACCUUCUGGCUGGAAAUUGAGGCAGGAAUUUCUCAGGUAGUGUCCUAAAGCUUACUAGUAAACGUUAAACCCCGUGUGGGGAUAGUGACAGCCCGGACCAGUUUACUGAAGGAUGAGGAAACGAAAGUGUAGACUUUUUUCAAAUUAAUUGGUUCCAGCCACUGGACAGGAGGCAGUUGGAGGAUUUUUGUGACGAGGGUUUUCUUUUUGGACGCCUCUUUAUUUUCCUCUUUGUGUGUUUCUUCUUCGGCAGACUGCUUCACUGGUUGUAGUUUGACGUUUGUUUUCUAGCAAGUCAGAUUUUUGAUAAAUUUUCAUUCCUUUAAAACUCAAGGAUUGUAAUGGUUAUGGUGUAGGGUUUCACUUUACUGCAAAUAUUAGUAAUAACAUGAGAUCACAGAGCUUAAAGGACUAGUUCAACCUAACUUGUGAUUACAACAAAUACAAAUUUCUAAAUGUUUCCCUGUACUGAGAAAAGAACUCAAAGUUUCAGCGUAAAGGUGUAAAGAUUAAAUAAAUAUAAAGAACGUAGUUCUGGUCGCAUUACGUCUUCCUGUAUCCAUGUGGCAUGAGACUCUCAGAGCUAACUCUGAUCGUAUUCUAAUUCUUCCUUCUCAUAAAGGACUGAAUAAUUCCUGACUAAACUUUUAUUGACGCACCAGCAACUGCCCUUAGACUUCCAUUUAUAAGUGAGUUUGGCAUAAACAAGCUUUCUGUUACUUUCUCGGUGCAGGGGUGGGGGGAUUCAGUGAAAAACCCUGAAUUAUUUUGUUAAAUGCAAACUGUUAUAGGGACAGAGACAACAAAAUAUAAUAUAAGCUUGUGAGGACCUUUAGACUUUUGAUUGACACACCAGUGCCAUUUUUAUACAUGUAUUUCUUUUUAUAUAUAAGAAUUCAGCCUGAGUAAUUAAAGCAGUAUUGCAAAACAAUAACAGUUCAUUAAGCUAAAGUUCAAGGAGUGUGUUCAUGUUUGUACAGGCUAGACAACAAGCUAAAUGGACAUGCUGUGCAACGAUAGCACUUGCAUUGCUUCUAGCUCUUUCCCUGUUACUUCCUUGGAUGAAGGUACUUUCAUACCUGCACUGUGGGUUUUUACUGAUGACCCACUAAGCUCGUUUUAUUGUAAAAUAAGCUAAGAGUUUCUAAGCAGUUGUGCACUAGCAAAAAAAAAAAAAAAAAAAAAAAAAAAAAGCUCCUGAUGGCAUAAGAUGAGUGUUUUUUUUUUUUUUUGUACGAUUUUGUAGUAAGUAAUACACUAGGCGAAAUGAAUGAUAAGGGAGUUUGAGAACGUAUGUUUUUACUACGCAAAGGUAUAAUACUUUUCAUAGCAAUAAUUAAUCGAAUGACUAUUUGUCUAAUCUUAACUACGACACGGUGUGUGAUGUGUAAACCCGACAGUAUUGGGCAACAAUGCAAUGUAUGUAUGUCAGUAAUUAGCUCGAUAAAGGGCCACUUUUAUUUCAGAUUUUAUGCCAGUCGGGAAAUAAAACCCACAAGGCCAGUCGGUGUAAGACUACGAUCGAUUUCGGUGCACAGAUUUGUCAGGAGGGCGUCUGCCCAAAUAAGAUGUGAAUACAGUACGUUUUAUGGUACUGAUUUUUUAAUAAUGCACGUCUCAGGGGCCCCUGGUUUUCACCUUCAGCUUCAAAAUGUGAUGAGAAAAACCUUGAGUGAGUUUCGGUGUUUGAUCGCUGGACGGAUUUGUCAGUAUUCGGUAUUUUUAAUGCUACUGGGGUAAUUCAGAGAAUUUACAGCAUCUGUCUUUGAAUGUAAGGGGAGUAAACACGACGUUGUAAUUCCAGUGCUGUAAAUAAGAUAUGUACAAAUAAGCUACUGUUCGUAACUACAUUUCAUAUGUCUGACGUCUCAAUCCAAGUCUCGGAAACCCAUUCAAAAUGUAAAGCCUUGAUUGAGAAGAUUUUGUUGUCUUUAUUUGUUGUUGGUUGUUGUCCCCCCUCACCCCCCCAAUCAGAAUAAAGAAUUUAAAACACCUA